GAGCAAGAGAGAACUCGGGCAGCCCGCAAGUUCCGGACUUCAAGAUUCGUAGAAUUUAAUUAAGUUUUUCCACUCUCCCGGUGAACACUAGCAGCAGCAGCAGCAGCAGCAGCAGCGAUCAGAACAGACACGAGCACGACGAUAAGACGACGAGACGGCCAGCACACCCCCUCCUACCCCCGUUUUUCCUCUCCAAUUCAAGGCAACUCUUCUUCGGAAUCUUCGGGAAUGUCGCUAAAGUGGAUCGUUCCGGUGGUGCUAGUGCUAGUGGCCGUCACCACAUGGACGAUGGGCCAGGAGUCCCAACAACCGGCGGAUGAGCUGGUGGAUCAGCUGGGUGGCGGCGGUCUGGUGGCCGCUCAGCACCGGGCGCUGGUGCUGCACGUGCUGACGCAGCGUGCGGCCAGCGUACCGGCCGAGAAUGCGGACACGGUCGCCGCCAUACUGGGCGAAUCGGAACAUCAGCUCGAUGCGUGCGAGGCAGCCCUCGCCGUCCACCAGCAGCUCUGGCAGUACAAGGUGUGCGCCUCGGCCGUCCAGCGCCAGGGGUUGGCCUCGCUGAAUGGGCUCCAGGCGACGGCCGGUUCUGCCUGAGUCGCAC